AAGUGGAUCCGCCGCUGCCGGAGCACCCCGGAGGGAGCUGCGGAUCGCGAGGCCAGCACCGACCCCGCCCGCUAGCGCUCGCCUCCCCCGCCCGCCAUGGCCCGGGACUACGACCACCUCUUCAAGCUGCUCAUUAUCGGCGACAGCGGUGUCGGCAAGAGCAGUUUACUGUUACGUUUUGCAGACAACACUUUCUCAGGCAGUUACAUCACCACGAUCGGAGUGGAUUUUAAGAUUCGGACUGUGGAGAUCAACGGGGAGAAAGUGAAGCUGCAGAUCUGGGACACGGCCGGGCAGGAGCGCUUCCGCACCAUCACCUCCACAUAUUAUCGGGGGACCCACGGGGUCAUCGUGGUCUAUGACGUCACCAGCGCUGAAUCUUUUGUCAACGUCAAGCGGUGGCUUCAUGAAAUCAACCAGAACUGUGAUGACGUGUGCCGGAUACUAGAUGUUCAACUGCAUCACAGAGCUGGUCCUCCGAGCAAAGAAAGACAACUUAGCGAAACAGCAGCAGCAACAACAGAACGAUGUGGUGAAGCUCACGAAGAACAGUAAACGAAAGAAACGCUGCUGCUAAUGCCCCCAGCCCACUGCAGAGACUGCACUGCGGCCACUCCCCCUGCCCCAGGCCAGGGGGCUCCUCUCCUCGGGGGACACUCUUUUGUGCCGUUAUUUAAAGAAUUCUCUCCACGUUUUUGUACCGGGAGGCGCCAUCAGCACUUCCUCCCCUCCCCCCUCGAGUGCCAAGAAGGUGUUGGACAGCCUGCCCUUCCCUUCUGGCGCCCCUGCCCCCCCGGCCAAGGCGCCUGGGCCCGGCGAGGACGCUGCCAGCCAAGCGGACUGAUUAACCGGAGUUUGUACAUAAUGUAUAUUGCUUUAACCAGCGCAUCACCCUUGUCCUGCUCUGGCUCUUGCC